AUGGCCCCCCUCACCCCCCAUUGGCAACAGCCCUCCCACCCAGCAAUCCAAGAAGUCAUCAUCAACAACGCAGAGUUCACCACCAAGAGCUACUCCAAGGUGACGUUGCCGCCCUUUGCUGUCUUUUCCAAACUCGCCUUCCCGCCAUGCACGACCGCCAACUCGCCCACCUAUGCGACCGUCCAGACCGGUCGGAACAGCCACCUCAAUCUAAACAGUGACCUGCUCUACAUCAACCACUCUUGUGAACCGUCGCUCAUCUUCGACACCGGCAACAUGAACGUCCUGGUUGGGCCAAAGGGUCUUCAACCAGGUGACGAACUCACCUUCUUCUACCCUUCUACGGAGUGGAACAUGGCCCAACCGUUCACCUGUCUCUGUGGCCAGCCUUCCUGCAGGGGCACCAUCUCCGGCGCAAGGGACAUGACGCCCCAGCAACUUCAGGGCGUAUGGCUAAACGGCCAUAUCAGGGACCUGCUUGACGAGAAGAACCGCGACGGGCCGUCUGAGUCCGACCCCACGGCUCUGGCGUUGAAGGACGCGCUCCUGCAGGCGGAGAAGGUUGUUGAGGCGGCGAGGCUGGCGCUGCGGACGUACGCGGUGGGAUCGCAGGUGAGGGCGGUGGGUGUGAAUGGUUCCAAGAAGAAUGGUUUCGUGGCCCAGCAGGAUAUUGGGUUGGCAGAGGCGUUGAAUAGGCGUGGUCCUACGUCGAGGGAGUUGAGUGGUGAGAUGGGCGGGGAUACUGUUCGUGUGUAG